GCAAAGCCUCGGACAGACAGACAGACAGACAGACAGACGGACAUGGCGAAACUACAAGGGUUCCUAGUUGACUACGGAACCCUAAAAAGUGACAUUUGAUGAAGUGGAACUGCUAAUGAUGAUCAGAAUGGAACUCUUCAACGACGCAUAGUUCACUUUUUUUCACCACGACGGUGGCAAACAAGCAUACGGCCGCCUGAUGGUAAGCAGCGUUUGGCGAUUUGUCCUCUUCGCCGUGUUUGUAAAGCAAAUUAGAUUUUUAAGACAAUUUUUUGUAAAGUUCGAGUUCUGACGAUGGGGUCCAUGAGGAAUCCAGGGAACUCCUCAAAUGUUAAAGGCAUAUAUAUAGUGAUCUUAGUAUUUUCAUCAUCAAAUCAAGAAUUUACAUUUGUAGAAGUGACAUUUGAUGAAGCGGAACUGCUGAUGAUGAACAGAAUGGAACUCUUCAACGCCGUUUAGUUCACGUUUGGCAAUUUGUUCUCUUCGCAUGUUUGUCAAGCAGUUAGGUUUUCAAGGCACAUUUUUGUCAAGCUUGAGUUCUGAUGAUGGAUUCCAUCAGGAAUUGAGGUUACUACUCAACUCUUUUAAGCAAAUUUAUAGCUAUUUUUAUUAUUAUUUUAUGCAUGAAGUGAAAUAAUUUAUUAUAAAUACAGUCGAAUACCCUAUUGCGGGUAUUUUACCAGUCUUUUGUAUGAAAUCCAAAAGCAACAAUAAUCUUUCUUAGUCAGUUUUUUUUCUUAAAAAAUAUAUUUAAUCGUAUGGCAGGCAAUUAAUUAUAUUAACAUUAUUCGUUAGUAUUUUAUUUAAACGUCAACAUUCAGGGUGCUGAUCCAAGCAGCUACAUCGGAUGUGAGAUGCAGUAAAUCCUCUGGUGGCCCCUGGUAGGCCUGAUAAGAAUACAGAACAAUGUGUUCCAUGGUCUGGUCCUCUUCGCCACAAUCACACAGAGCUGAGUCCCUUGACCCCGAAAUAAUAGGCAAAGAUUCCAAGAUUAGGCUAGAUUAGAUUAGGCUCUGUACCGAAAACUAUUUUAUAAUUAUUAUAAUUAUUUAUGAAUAAAUAACUCCGUGUUAAAAAAAUAUCUCUUAUGUUUAAAAUGACUUUAGUCUAGUACACCCAAGAAUACCAAAAAAGCAUAGGUACGCUUAGGUACCUACGUAAAGUAAACAAAAAAAAAAACUUAUCGAACUGUGCAUUUCUUGCAGAUGCCCAUGCUCCAGUGUGCCUCCAAUAGCGAUGUGAGCAACCCGUGACGUCAUCAUGUGCUCGUGGGUGGUGUCCGCCCUGCUCAUCCUAUUUGCCAUGGGCGGCGAGGGCCAAGAGCACGGGCCCGUGUUCCUCAUGGAGCCGCCGUCCCGGCUGGUCUUCGCCAACAGUACCGGGGCGCAGGUGUCGUGCGCGGCACAUGGCUUCCCGCCGCCGCAGCUUGCGUGGCAGCUGCCGGACGGCGCGCCGCUCGACGACGUACCAGGCCUAAGGCAGGUGCUGGACAACGGCACGCUAGUGCUGCUGCCGUUCCCGGCCACACGCUACCGGCAGGACGUCCACGCCGCCGUAUACCGAUGCCGCGCGCACAACGCGCACGGCGCCGUUGUGUCGCGCGACAUGCGCGCGCAGGCAGUGGUAUGGCAAGAGUGGCAAGUACGCGUGACUGCCACGCCCGCAGAGGUGGGAGGCCCGGCGCUUUUAACCUGCACCGCGUCAGCUGCCUUAAGAGAACACGCAAGUGUCGCGGCCUGGUACAGAGAUGACAUCGUGCUGCCUGCCUCUGAGCAUCUCUCUGGCUCGACGCUUCUGGUGGAUGAAGGCUGGAAGCUGGUGGUCCGGUCAGUGCGAGCAGAAGACGCGCGCGCGCAGUUCUCCUGCUCGGUGCUGGAUUCGCUCACCGGUGAGAGGCGCCGGAGCGCGCCCGUCAGCAUCGAUGUUGCGCCCUCUACCGGCGCGGCAGCUCCGCGUGCAGUCUACCACGGGCAGUGGGAGACGAACGUGCGACGCGGCGGCGACGUGGUCCUGCCGUGUCUGGUGCACGCCAACCCACCAGCGACCAUCACCUGGUACCGAGAAAGCGCCGGCGGAGUGCUCAGAGAGCUCCGCGACGGCGAGGCCGGCGGGCGAUACACGCGCUCGCACGACGCGCUAGGCGUGCGCCGCGCCGACGUCCAAGAUGGCGGCCGGUGGGCGUGCCGCGCGGCCAAUGCGCACGGACACAUCACGCUGCGGCUGCAGCUCAAUGUUCGCGCUCAUCUUACGACGCACGUGCAGCCUCACACGCAGGUGGUGAACAGUGGUGGCACAGCCACCAUCAACUGCUCAUGGAGCGGUUGGCCAUCACCGAGACUAGAAUGGCUGCACAACGGCGUGCCGCUCGGAGCCGGCGUGUCGGGUGGCCGCGUCAGAAUCAUGGGCCAUGGGGAGCAGCUGGUUAUAUCGGCGGUGCACCGUGCGGAUAAGGGCGUGUAUCAGUGUAUGGCCAGGAACGAGAGGGACUCGGCGCAAGCCAGCGCUGAGCUGCGGUUAGGAGAUACCGCACCAGAACUCCAGUACACAUUCAUAGAACAAGUCCUGAGGCCAGGGCAGGUGGUGACCCUCAAGUGCUCGGCUGCAGGGUCCCCUCCCCCGCACUUUACUUGGAUGCUGGAUGGCCAGACUCUUAACACAAUGGCCAAGGGGCAUCGUUACAGCGUAGAACAGUUUGCGACUAAGACCAAUGAUGUAGUGAGCUACCUAAACAUCUCGGCGGUAAGGUCGGACGAUGGCGGCCUCUACACCUGUAAGGCGGCCAACUCUCUCGGCGAAGUCUCACAUACCUCUAGGCUUAAUAUUUACGGUCCACCAUAUGUCCGUUCAGUGGGCCCAAUCCGAGCAGUAGCCGGCCGGGAGCUAGUGAUGUACUGUCCUUACUCUGGUUAUCCGAUCAGUUCAGUUAAAUGGGAGCGGGACGGGAGUCCUGUAGAAUGGGACAGUAACAUGGAGGGAGCAUUGCGUGUGUCCCGAGUAGAGCCCUCACAGGCCGGCGCUUACAUGUGCACUGUGACCGGCCCACACGGAGAGAUCGCGCGCAGGGAAUUACAACUUGUUGUUAGCAAUCCUCCAGAAAUCGAACCGUUCUCAUUUUCUGCGAACCUGCAGGAAGGCAAGCGCGCUCAGGUCAGCUGCAGCGUCACCUCCGGAGACAUGCCAGUCCACUUCACAUGGCUGAAAGACAACGUCCCCAUACCCUCGUCUCUUCAGGUGGAAGAGCGAGGCGCCGAUUUCUUUAGCAACCUCGUAUUCAAAGAGGUGUUCGCAAGACACAGCGGCCUAUACACUUGCGUUGCAUCAAACUCCGCAGCCAAAGUCAAUUAUACCGCCGAACUGGUCGUCAAAGUGUCUCCAAAAUGGAUGACAGAACCAAAGGACGAAGCCAUUCUAGCCGGGGAGCCCGUGGCUUUACAUUGCCAGACUACGGGCUCACCCAGUCCUCAAGUCACAUGGAUGAAGCAGAGAGGCCCUGCAUCGUCCGACUUCGUCCCGCUGGUGAACCUCGGUGGGCGAUUCCAGUUCUAUUCCAACGGGACCCUGUGGAUCGAGUCGGCACUGCCGUAUGACGAGGGGCAGUACAUGUGCAAAGCCGAGAACGGGGUCGGUUCACCCCUGUCUAAAACAAUUAAGGUUGAUGUCAAUGAGCCAGCGCGGUUUGAAUUGACGUCGACCAACAUGACGGCACGCCGCGAUUCGCCGGCCACGCUUCUCUGCGACGUGCGCGGCGAUAACCCCAUACGCGUGCAGUGGUCGCACAACAUGAACCAUCUAGAUCUUAAUACUUAUAGGCUAAGUGUCUCCGAAGCAAAGACUGAUAGUGGUUUAAGGUCCCAAUUAUAUAUCAGCAGAGCCGAUAGACCGGACUCUGGGGUGUACAAGUGCCAAGCCGUCAACGCCUAUGGUCACAGCGACCAUUAUAUUUACCUAUCCGUCCAAGAGAAACCCGACACGCCCCACUCUCUAUCCGUGACGGAGAUCCUGAGCCGCGCUGUGCGGCUCUCCUGGAGUCAGGGAUUCGACGGCAACUCGCCGCUCAUGGGCUACACCGUACAACACUGCACGUUGAGCGCUGUCGGGGCAGUCCGUGUCGAUCAGUGGCACGCCGCUGUUACCGUCAACGUGUCCGUCCAUGGGGCGGCGCAGCAGCCACAAAUCGCGCUGACUAAGAAAGGCGAUAUCCAUUACGAGGCACUGCUUAGUGGACUCAAGCCACACACGGCCUAUAUGAUUCGAAUAGCAGCCGUAAACCAAAUCGACCGAAGUGCCUACACCGAACCCGUCGUCGUGAAGACGCAAGAAGAAGCACCAUCCGAGCCUCCAACGAACGUGCACGUGACCCCGGGCGGGCCGGGCGAGCUGCACGCCGCGUGGCGCCCGCCCCCGCGGGAAGCGUGGCACGGCGAGCUGCUGGGCUACACCGUCUCCUGCACCGAGAUCAGCCCGGGGGGCACGCCUGUCAGGAACUCUACUAGGACAUUAACAGUAAACGGUUGGUCAGCGACGGAGCUGAGCCUGUCAGCGCUCAGGAAGUUCACGCGGUACGAGGUGCGCGUGCGCGCGUUCAACGGCGUCGCCGCGGGCCCGCCGUCUGCGCCGGUCGCCGCCACCACUUUGGAAGGAGUGCCAGAGUCCCACCCAACAAGAGUGACCUGUUCCCCGCUCUCAUCAUCGAGUAUGAAGGUGUUAUGGACUCCGCCACCUCUAGGUCAGCACGGUGGGCUUAUCCAAGGAUACAAAGUCAUCUACUCGCCGCUUACUAGUGACCAUGCUGACGUGGGUGAAAUCAAGCGGGUGACAACGACCGACACGUACUUGCACACGCUGCGCAAGUAUACCAACUACUCUGUGCAAGUCCUGGCGUUCACCAACGCAGGUGAUGGCAAGCGGAGCCCGCCGGUAUACUGCAUGACUGAAGAAGACGUUCCGUCAGCCCCUCAGAAAAUCAAAGCGCUGGCGUACUCUAGCGAUUCCGUCCUCGUGAGCUGGCUACCGCCACUUUACCCUAACGGGAUCAUCUCUCACUACACCGUGUACUAUAGGGAAGCAGGCCGGUUAGGCAAACACCAGAGCUACACGGUAACAGUGGACAAGGUGAAAUCCGAGCUAGAGCUGAUGUUCCCCGUCCGAAAUUUGCAGGAAAGUCAGCUGUACGAGUUUUGGGUAUCCGCCACCACGGGUUCAGGAGAGGGAGAGAGUACGCUCGUGGUGGGGCAAGGCCCGAACGCUAGAAUUCCAGCACGAAUAGCAUCGUUCGGUGGCGUGGUAGUGCGCGGGGCCGGGCACGCCGCGCUGCUGGCGUGCUCGUGCGUGGGGCUGCCGGCGCCGCGCUCGCGCUGGACGCACGCGCGCGCGCCCGUCACGCACCACGCCUUCUACCAGGUCACACCACGCGGCCACCUGCACAUCAGAGAAGUAAACGAGCAAUCAUCCGGCAACUUCACGUGCACGGCCAGCAACACGUUGGGGGAAGACGCCAUCACGUACAGCGUGGUCGCGGUGCUGGCGCCGGGCGCGCCCGCGCUCACCCUGCAGUACACGACGGCGUCCAGCGCGCGCUUGCACUGGCUGCCGCCGGCUGACGGUGGCUCUCCGCUCUUAGGCUACAUUCUCCAAUACAAGCAAGCGGCCGAAACUGAAUGGCAUACUGUGGAGUUGUCUCCCGAAGUCACAUCGUACACUAUGGACAUGCUGAAGUGCGGCUCCACAUAUAACGCCAGGAUACAGGCGCGGAACAAGAUCUCCAUAGGACCACCCUGUGAAGUUCUGACUGCGACAACCAGGGGCGGCAGGCCUAAGCCACCGAAGCCGGAGGAUCAUGUCUACAUGAACUCGACGGCAAUAAAGAUCAACUUCUACGCGUGGCGAGACGGCGGCUGUCCUAUCCUGGGCUUCCGAGUGUCAUACCGCAGAGCGGACACUGAGCAUUGGAUCAAGGUUGGCGACAGCCUGAGCUCGGCUAGCCACGUUCUAGGCGACCUGUCGCCAGGAACCUGGUACGAACUGGCCAUAGAAGCCAUCAACGAUGCUGGCACCGAACGUGUCACGCUUUUGGCAGAUACGCACACGCUAGCAGGAGGUCGCAUACCUCCAACAAAACCGAUGUCCCCCCUUUCGGGUGGAGACCGCCGCACGUCACUUCGCACAGUGGUCCUGUCGUGCAUAGCGAGCGCCGUGGUCAUCGUGGUCACCGUCGCAGCCAUCAUCUGCGUCGUGCAGGGCAAGCGCAAAUUCUUCUGUAUAUCCAGUGACCACUACAUGCGCGACGACCGCAAGCUGAGCGAGAGCAAUGAAGCCGAGAGGGAGAAGCUAAGAGAAGGACAGAAGCUAUACUCCUCCUCCUCUAUCAACGGGAAUGAGAAGUCCAACGACGACUCCUCUGCAGAGCUGUAUGAGAUCAGCCCGUACGCGACGUUCGGCGUGUCGGCGGCGCACUCGCUGCAGUUCCGCACGCUGGCGCGCCGCGACGACGACGCCGCGCCGCCGCACCGCCGCCGCCACCGCACCUGCGAGCACUACCGAUACGACGAAUCGAGCCUGUCUAAAUGCUCGACAGUGGAGGCGCGGCACCGCAUGCGCGCGGCCUGCGCCGGCGCGCCGGGCUGGCGCGACACGCACACCGACUCCGGCGACGACAGCGACAGCGCCGCCAACACUACCACUAAAGGAUCGGGCGGGUCCCCGGGCAGCGUGUACGGCAGCGGGCGGCGCAGCGCGGCGCGCACCACCAGCAGCGGGGGACCGAACGGGAGCGACGGACAUUCCGUGUACGCGCCCGUGCCUGCCGAUAUAUCUUCUCUUAUUGACAAAUAUCAACAAAGAAAAGAACAAGAACGUCGAGAAUGCACAAUCCACGUUUAACAGUAAAAUGACCAAUGACUGACUUACAGUGAAAAAAAAAACGACUUUUUAUAGCAUUUAAUUAAGUCUGCGCUGUUUCAAAGCUAAAACGUAUUAUAGGAUUAUUCCCUAUUUUUAAUAAAACACUAUGACAUAUAUAAGCUAUCAGAAAGAGAGAAAAAAUAUCACAGAAUGGCAGACCUGCCUAAAGAAUCGAAACGAACGCUUAUAUUUUUCCUAAUUUAAUUUAUGGUGAAGAACAAUCCGAUCAAAUGAUUGGUCCGUCCAACUUUCAGACGCCGUUCGAUCGAGAAUACUGAAUUACCUAUUUCGCUCGUCCGAUAAAAAACUUCAAAUAAGAUUCUACAAAAAUAAGAGUCCGAAAAAAGAGACUAAUGCAAUUGUAUGAAUAGAUAUCAUCGACGUUUGGACGUGUGAUGUGCAUUCUUUAUACAUUUCGUAUUGUCUUUGCCUGGAUUUAAAUAAUUUUGGACGCUAGCAUUAAAAUACUACACACUAAGAUUUAAUAUCUUUUACAAAUUUUAUUUUGUAGUUCUGUUCAAUGUUAUAUAAGCGGUCAAAGUAUUUCUAGUCUACGAUACUUCUAAAGAGUUAAUUCUUCCAGGUACUUAUUAAUAUUUAAAAAUUAUUUGUACACAUUUAAACUUUAAUCCUAUUCAUACUUACUUCGACUAUAUUGUAAUUAAUUAUGAGACCACUACAGAAUGUAAUAAAAUAAAGACCUAAAUGUUAAAUAUAAACUUUAGCCUAAUCAGAACGGAUAGCAUCACGUGAUAUCGAUGUCAGUGUUAGCAAAAUCUAAUAUUUUUUAAAUAUGGUAAUACAUAAUGCUAAUUUUUUAUUGGCUGAAGUGGAGUAAUUAUUAAACAAGAUAAACCUACGUAGGUAUUUUGGGAUAUUUAAAAGGUUUUGCUAUUUCCCCACUCCUAAGACGAUACUCGUAGAGUACCAUUACACCCGAUUGUAGUGCGGUAUAUGUCUCCAAGAACUAAAACGUAAUUCUAACCGUUCUGUGUAGUUUAUAAUAAUGGGCUAAUCUAGUUGUGAUGCGAACUCGCUACAGCAAAUACCCCAUAACUGUUAACGUUUAUUGUUGCAGCAUUUAUUCGAUACCGUGUUCUAAAUAACAAUGUUAUAAUAUGAUAAUUUAGCUGCUCUUGUGUUGACGUGUGCUAUAAGUAGGAACGUUUUCUUACUUAACGAAUUCACAAUGCAUAAUAUUGUAGCCUCAAACAAAAAAUAAAAUAUAGCGCACUCUAAAAAAAAUCGCAACAACAUUUCAUACAUGUAUAAGUGGAAAAUGUUCCCAUUAAUGGCCGAAAUGGAAAAUCACCAGAGUUGACCAGAGUGGCGUUUAGAUUUUUAUUAGUAUGUAAGACUGUACAGUUAGAAGUAAUGUUUACGUAAUUGGUUUGCUGAUGAGUAGCAGAUACUAUCAACAGGGAUGUAAUAAAGCUUAAGAUUACGGAAUACUCACAUUUUCUUCAUGUUACAGCACCUUGUUGUUUACGGCCCCUAGAGAGUCGUGAUGCUUGCAAAGCAAAUAAUGAUGCAAAAAAUAAUUAUAAAAUGUAAUGGUUCACUGUCUAAGAUCAAGAGAAUUAAUAAUGAUAACGCUUUCCUUGUUUUCGUAACUAACUCAGCUACCCAAAGAGUUUCUUAGCCUCCGAAACGAGUGCACGCCAAUAUUCCCGAUUUUGCGCCCGUUCCUGCCGAGUAACGGUUGCUGCGGUUGUAUCUGACGCAGAUCCGCUUCCACACUGUCUCCCCAGCGGUAUAUGGGCCGUCUCUCCGGGCGGCCACCAAUCGGUCUUCCUAAGUACACGGUCUUGGCAGCCCGAUCCUUUCCCAUUCUUAAUACUUAAUUGUUGACCGAACUAGCGAAGUCUGUGGGAGUUCGAUUCGCCGAUAAUAUUGGGUUUUAAUGGUUUGUUAUGCAGCCAAAGAAGUUUUGAUAGUGUUUGCUACUUUUAAAAGGUUCGCGUCAUCAAAUGUCGCGUAGUGAUUUGUGAAUAUUUGGCCUCUUCAAAGUUGUCAGACGUUGUUUUGUUGUUUGUAAAUCGUAGUUUUGUACGAGAUUACAUUUACAAGAUUAGACACUUAAGGUUGAAAGGAAAAGGCCCAUGAUAAUAUAGUUGAUUUCAAACUAAUUGACAAAGCUGUUUACUUAUUGAAUUGCUCUUUCCUAAAGGUGAUUGAAAUCUGCUAUAGAAUUGUGAUAUUUUUAAUUUAUAGCCAAAUAGUCACUGUCUGUUUUUUUCUAUCAACACGAUAGUUAGAAACGGGUGCUGUUUGUGUAUAAAUUGACAUGCUACCUUUAAAAUGUUUCAUGUGCAUUUGAGACUGUUUUGACUGAUAGCAUGUUUCACAUAGCUUGGGUACGAUGACAGCUAUCAUCUCCAUACUUAAACGCAAAAUAUGUAUUGAGCUGACAGCUGUCACCGUACCGAAGCUAUAUGAAAAAAAAACUAUAAAGUGUACUGCUAAGCUGCUAAAGUAACGCCAACGAUCGACGUGGUCAAAUAAUGAACUUUCGUAGGACGAGAUCUUCGUACUAUUUGGCAAUUUUGGCACUGUCAAAUAAGCAAUAUGUCCCACACCCAGUAGGGCGGCACCACAGUCACAUACGAUUUACUUAGUAAUGAAUACAUAUUAAAAUACGCUAAAUUGAGUUCAGCUCUUUACAUUACUCGGGCUAUUUAGUAUUGAAUACAACAUAAAAAUUAUAUAGGUAAUAAAUGCACAUAAAAUGUUUGUAUCGGAAGAUAAGUUAAUUAUAUAAUUAAUAAUUGUAACGAUAAGUUAUUGUAAACGGCUGUUCCAAACUGCAAAAGAUACAUAUCAUUAUAAUAGACUGCCAAUAUUUAAGUGAUUCGUAAUUCUUUUACUUAUUGUUGAUUAAUAUAGUCAAAUAGCUAUUAAUUAUACACUAUUGUAUAAAAAUCUUUCUAUAUACAUGUUGUGUAAUAUUAAAAUUAAAAAUAUAAUUAGUACUUAUGAUGAAAGGAAAUAAAGAUGUGUGUUGUGGUA